UGUUUAAACAAGUUUUUCAAGCUCUCUCUCUUGCCCUUCAAGUUGCGUUGUCUUAGCAACCAUGCGUAUUCAUCUUGGCUUAACUAGUUAUCUGCAGGUAAAUUUCGUGACAGAGCAGGCGUUUCGUGUUAUUUUAAUUUAUAAAGAUUAUGCUUUAGUUACCUCAAGUAGCUACGUACCCUCAUUUUUUAACAACAUGCACAGAGACGAGGAUGUGGACCUGCGUCGUGAUGAAGGACCUCAGGGAUGCCAUGUCUGUGCGAUUCUGAGGCCCAGUGGGGCAGCAGAGCAGCCUCUCAAACCCCAGGGCAGACGCUACAUCCCUCACGGGCAUGGAGAAGAGGCCUCCUACAGACCCCACGUACAGCACAUCGAGCCUGACCUCACUGAGUGUGACCUGGACUGGAAAUCGCGUCUGCGCUGGCUGCCUCAGCCCCGCUACAGCGAUGCCCCCUUUCCGGAAAUAAAGGCCGCCAAAUUCCCGGACGGGGCCAGGCUGCUGAGGUCCUUCCCGCAUGAUAACAUGAUAUCUGAAUCUGAAUGGACGUUUUAUCCCAGCUUUGGGCUACCGGUGACCUACCAUGUUGGCAAAAGAUGCCUAAUUGAUGGCGUUCACCAUUACAGAAGCUUAAGGAGCUCUUCUGAAAGAACAUUAGAGUUGAGACUCGGGAGGAAAAGACAGAUCAGGUCUCCUUGCUGUGUGAUCAGGGGGUCCAGGCCUUAUAUUUCUCCAGAGUACAGCACUGACUUUCACAAAUUUGGAUCUACGUUACCCGCUGUGGGUUUUGGAUCCUCGGCUACACUGAAAGGAGACACAUUCAUCCCUCUUCAGCAUCCAACCGGCCGUCAGUGCAUGACCUACCGACAGAAGAAAGCCUUGAAAGAUCGAGAGGCCGACGUUCUGGAGGUCAGGAAGCUGGACGACUGGAGGCCCGCAGCGCCCAUAACCCCGCCCCUGUGUGAGAACAGACACGGGAAACACAAGAAGGCGGACUGCUCGUGGAGAACGGCGCAGGGGGAAAAGCUCGCUUCGUCCAUGUCUGCGCUACUUUCGACAAAGAUUAAAUAAGUCACAAUUCACAGUGACAUUAUGCCAACCACCAAUGUAUAGAAAAGACCAUUGCAAAAAAAAAAAAAAAAAAAAAAUUUAAAACAUGAAUGUAACCAACCACCCAGAUAAUCACAAAUUAGUGCUCCAGGAAGUGUGGAAGAACGAUUUCACAGUGAGCAGUUCCCUUAAGCACACGGUUUGUAAUUAACAACCAGUCGAUGUUUUGAUUUGAUUUCCACCUCUGCGGAGUGAAGUUUUCCACCACUCCUCUCUGCGCAUAAUGACUAGUUUUUGUAGUGCCGUUCCAGAAGGAGCGUCAUUUUGCCCACGGGAAAGAAAGGCUGAGAGUUUUCCAACCCGGAAAUUAAUUUUUGUCCACUGUAGAGGACACAAGUCUCUCCUCUGAACCUCAAUAACCACAUACUCUACCAUGCUGAAAUCUACAGCACAAGACAUUGAGUGAAAAUUACAGUAUCUUUGCAAAUAUUUUCACUGCGCAAUGUUUUUGUUAUCCAAGACUCUUACGUAAAAAAAAAAAAAAAAAAAGAAGAAAAUACUUAAACUUUCUUUCUGCUGGGCUCAGGAGGAUAUAAGGCGGCGGAGGUGUGAGUUUAACUGCAGGGGGAACAUAAAACACGGGGAGCAACACAUCCAAACAACCAAGGUCGAACGCAGGAGGUGGUUUUUUUGUGCUGUACGGCCGGGUUUUGCUGAGUUGCAAAUGCCACCCGCCUGAGGCAGUUAAUAACUUGACCUUUCUUUCCCCUUAUCAGCUGAGACACAUCAAAUAGAUUUCCUUUAAUUCCCCCGGGAAGAUACAUGGAGGUACCCUGACUGAUUCAGCGAAAAGCAGAUCACAGAUCUCAGUCACCGUAAACUGGAGUCUUCUUAUAUAUAUAUAUAUAUAUAUAUAUAUAUAUAUAUAUAUAUAUAUAUAUAUACUCUUUAUAGGAUGCUUGGCAGCUUGAACAGUUUGUUAAGGUGAAAUUUAAAAAUUCAGUUGUAACUCCAACUGAUGCUUUAUGUUCUGUAUAUAUUCAUAUAUACAAUAAUGAAACAUUCAAUCAUUCACUACACCAGUUGAAUAUGCUGUCAGUGUCAUAAUUCACCUGGCUAGUCAUACCAGUGUGAAUGAUAAUUUUCUGAGAUAAGCUUAAAAUUUAAGAGGUUUUAUGUUUAAUAAUGUUAUUUACUUUCUGGCUUGACUGUAAUUCUGACAUAAUGUAAUAAAGAGCAAUGGGCAGAGUAACUUUAGCACUGCAUAAA